AUGAAAAGCAAGAAGUCAGCAGUCUCAAGGAUAAAGAGCGCUGCAGAACAAGAAGAUUACGGCAAAACUACUACCUCUCUGACAGUGGCUCUCAAGUCUGAACUUUCGGGAAAUAUUUUUAGGGGCGUCAGUAAUUUCUGGGAAAUAUAUUUCGAAAACAAACCAUGGUCCGAUCUUACUAGACGUAUCUGGGAAAGCUAUCGCGACAACGGCCAAUGCGGACCCGACAACACAUUUACGGCUAACAUGGACGAAACAGUACUCCCCAGCUGGCUGCACGCAUUUCGAGAUCGUUUUCUUUCGCAGCUAAUGCCACAACCGAAUGUUCCCGACGCUGAUCACCCAGUGGUUGAGAGAAUAGCCGGAGAUCCCCAUGUGCGCGGCAAAUUUUCUCAUACUACAAAGAAAAAUCAACUCAAUGGUGGCUUAGGCACACGGCAAUUGGAUUUCUUCAUUGAGAGUUCUGAUAUUGCCGAUAAUCUGGAACAUCAAUGGAGAGAUGUCAGGGUGUUGGGUGAAAUAACCUCUUACAAAUAUAUGUCAGCUAUGAAGAUCCAUCAAAUGAUGAGAUACGUGCGCGAGGUAUUCUACUCGCAGCCGCUGCGUAGAUUUGUGCAUGGGUUUUGCUUGCACAAACUGUACAUCGAGUUCUGGAUCGUGGAUCGAGCAGGAGCAUACAGCUCGGCUCAAAUAAAAAUCCUGGACAAUCAGGAAAAACUGGUCCGAGGGCUAUCCUCGUACAUGCUGAUGAGCGACAGAGAACUCGGACUAGAUCCAGUAAUAAGCUACGAUGAUGCUGAACGAUGUUUUGUCACAAUACCUGACGACAAUCAAUCAAUGGAAAAAAUUGAGGUACAUCCCAUGCCCUUAUCUCGGCCGGAGACGAUAGUCUCACGAGGAAAUACGUGCUUUAAGACAAAAGACAACGAAAGCUUGAUCAAAUUUUCUUGGGGCUCUGGAGCGAAACUAAAUGAAAUCGAAUUCCUCAAACUUGCAAAAGACUUGAAUGGCGUAAUCCAGCUGAAGACUUCUGGGGAACUUUAUGAGGUUGAGACACACCGAGAGGGUGUUCAGCUAUCGGAGAAUCUAAGGUGGUAUCUAGAUAUCUAUGAUCGAACUAUGUCCCACGGCAACAGGACGAAAUCUCAGAGUGAGGAAUUUUUCACGAAACGGAAACUCACAUUUGCCAAACUGUCACCAGUUGGACGUCCCCUUGAAUCUUCUCUAACGCCGGAUGAAAAGGGGAUAACAAAGGGAACGCUUAUUGAUUUAGAUAUGGCCUCAUUCCGUAUAGAUGAAAAUGAGAAGGACCAGCCGAAAGCAAUCACUGGUACGACAAGAUAUAUGGCCUUGGAACUUUUACGAGUCAUCAGCCUGAGGAAGCUAAGCUUAAAGCAAACAUAUCGGCAUGACCUCGAAUCAUUUUUCUACGUUCUCAUAGUAGGAUGCAUGAGUUACGAUGGAUUCCUACCGAGUUUUGAAAGUACUAAGGAACUGGCAAGGACACUUCAUGAAAUACUGUUUGGUGAUGAACAAGUGGAAUACGGUUCACCGGAAGAUCCUAACGUGCUUUAUGAUCCUAUAAUUGAAGCCUUCAAAAAGACUUUAGAGAAGCUUGAAGCAUACGUCCAAGAUAAGAAAGAGAACGAUUUUAUACGACAAGAUCAGGGCGCUGGAUUAAAAGGUAAGAGAAAAGUACAACAGCUUUCAGAAGCGUAG